CUUACAAUUCCACCUACUAAUAAAUGCACCACGAUGAAUGUGAACAGAAGCGCAUUGUAAAGGAAUGUAACAAUCGUCAUAUUGCACUCGACUAGAAAAUUAUCAACUACUCGGAGGAUCAAUCGGGCUCACAGCCUUCAUCAAGGGCCGCCAUAGAAGCAAGUGACUAUUUUUAGCGUUGAGCAACACCAACGGAUUUGAAGUAAAAAUAGGAAUGCGAAGACUCAUGCAUGCCACAGACAGGGUGUGUGGAUCAAAAGACACGCGCCAGUGCGUAAUGAGGGUUACAGAGAUUUCAAUUUCGGGUGUUAUGAAAAUUAAAACAACCAUUGAAAUGUAAAAAAAUUAAUGAGAUCAACUGCAAAAAAAUUCAGAACGCCAAUGAGGUGUCAAAAUCAAGCACAAAAGUUCCACACACAAAUGUUAUGAAUCUAAAAUAAAGCUUCAGGAAAAAUGAACGCAAUUUAUUUACAUUUUUGCUUACCAGGAAUCUGAGCAUUUUAAUAAAUCUCAAGACCAAAUGAAAUUAUUUGCAAUCGUUGAGUGUCAACAAAACUUAAAGGGUAAAAAUGGGAGGCGUGGACCACCACGCCCCCUUCAGAGAAGACAUCAGCGAAAACCAAAACAAUGCAAUUCUCGGUUUUCCAAACCAAAACAAGCGGCUUGAACUGUACGUUUAAUAAAAGUGCAACAUUUUAUUGCCAAAUUCCAAUGCGAUCCUGGUGAAGAAUAUUGAAAGUUUCAGACGUUAAAAUUUCUGUUUGCGUGAGAUUGAUUUCAAUGCAUUCCAUUUAUGAGAAGGACAAGGUGCUGGAUCUGUACCAGCACUUGGGAAAAGUUGUUCAGGUUUCCCUGAGUAACAAAACAGUUUUUGAGGGCACUGUUUUUACAAUUGAUCCAGUUUCAAGGAGCGUCAUAUUACUUGAGAGGGAAUCUGGACGACUGCAGAUCUUGAUGGGACAUGCCGUCACCUUAAUUCAAGAUUGCCCUGGUGUUAACGCUGAAGAUGUUUCCAACCUGUUACCUUCUACUAACGUUCCGAGAGGUCCUUCAGGUGGCAUAGAGGCUGUCAAACAGUGGUUUAAAACACACAGGAUUAAUGUUGAAGAACUCAAAGGCGGAAUUCUAGUUGUGGGCGGUGCUGUGACCUUAUGUGCACCUUACGUUGCAGAAAUGUGCACUGGUGACAAUGAGAUGGUGGUUGACAGAAUUCGAGAGGUUUUAAGAAGAAUGCCCAAAGACUGAAAUGUCUCUUAUUAAUUUUGCUUUUUUUAUUUUCUUACAAUAUUUUAACAAAUGCAUGAUUUAAAAAGAAAAAUAGCUCGUAAUCAGGUUGACGGACGCCCACAAAUUUUAUUGGUUUUAGUGAAAACAAUGAAAUGAAAGAGAGUUUUGUAAUGAAAAAAUUAAAAAAUCAUCUUUUUAAAAAAAAAAAGAUGAAAGUUUCAUCAUCAAUAUCAUUUUUUUAUGGAAGUUGUGUGUCAUCUAACAAUAAUAAGUUUGUAUUUUAUAAAAUGUAGACACAAGUUGACAAGUAUGAUAUAAUAUAAAUAUUCUUUAAAAAUAUAA